UACUCUCUCUAUCUCAUAAUUAUUGUCCUAUUUGAGUUUUCAUUUUUAGUUCAAAUUGUAUUAAAAGCGAGAUCUCAAACUGGACAAUAAUUUUGAGACAGAAAGAGUACCUAUAUAUCACAGUCCAAUGUUCAAUUAUGAUGCUAAUAAGUUAAGGCGUAAUUAGCACUACAGAGUUUGGAAUUUCGAUCUAUAUUGCUAAAAAAAAUGAACUCCUCUUGCACAGCCCAGAAGUUAAAUGGCAAAGUGGCAAUCAUCACCGGCGGUGCAAGUGGAAUCGGGGAAGCCACCGCUCGCAAGUUCGCCGAACACGGUGCACGCGCGGUGGUGAUCGCGGACGUGCAAGAAGAAAAGGGCCGUCAAGUGGCGGAAUCAAUCGGAUCAGAUCGCUGCACUUUCGUCAAGUGCGACGUCACCGACGAGGAGCAAGUCAAGUCCCUUGUGAAGUCAACGGUGGAAAAACACGGUCAACUCGACAUCAUGUUCAGCAAUGCCGGGACGGUGAGCAAGUGUCCACAGGACACGCUGAGUUUGGAUCUGGACGCGUACGAGAAGCUCUUCACGGUCAACGUCCGCGGAAUGGCGGCCUGCGUGAAGCACGCGGGCCGGGCCAUGGUGGACGCCGGCGAUAGGGGGAGCAUCAUUUGCACGGCCAGCGUCAUGGCUUAUUGCGGAUCGGCCUACAGUAUUGAUUACACGAUGUCGAAGCACGCGGUGUUGGGGCUGGUCCGGUGCGCGAGUAAAGGGCUCGGCGAACACGGGAUUCGGGUGAAUUGCGUGGCACCGGGCCUGAUCGCGACGCCGUUGGCGUGCGGGGCAUUUGGGAUGAGCCGGGAGGAGCUGGAGAAGAGAUUCGAAGAUGAUUUUGUUAUGAAGAAGUCGGGUUAUUUGAAACCGGAAAAUGUUGCGGAUGCGGUGUUGUUUUUGGCUUGUGAUGAUUCCAAGUUUGUGACUGGGCAUAAUUUGGUGGUGGAUGGUGGUUUCGUGCCCAGGGGAUUAUAAAUUAUUAUUGCAAUUAUUAAAUCAAGACCAGUUUGCCAGCUUUUUAUAUGCAAUUAUCUUCAUGGAUGCGCAGAUAUAUCAUUUCUUUUUUUGUUUCCAGCUGCAAUUUCUGUUUUUUUUUUUUAAUUUUUUUUUAUAGUGUAAAGAGACUGCU